AUGGAUGAACCAAGAUCCCAAACCCCAACACCGGAGGGAGACGGAGCAGCUUCGGCUGUACCGGGAACCUCCACCCAACACACCACACCACAGGGUCAAGGAGCUGUUUCGACAGUUCCUCCCUCCCUAACACGUGCCUACAGGGAGGCACAAGCAACCCUGGCAGGCAACAACACACACGAUGGUGGAGCUGUUCCGACAGUUCCGCCACACACCACACACCAGAGGGGCACUGUCUCGACAGCACCCCCACACAACACACACACACACCGUGGCGGCGCAGUCUCGACAGUACCGCCAUGCAAGGGACAGUCCGCACCAGGUGGGAGAGCCGCCGGGAAACCGAAGGCACGUAAACCUGAUGCGUUGACGCCCAGAGCAGCAGGCCCGGUGCUCCAGAGUACUGCGCCUCCACUACCGACACCGGGGACAUCCAAGGGUGCCAUAUCGAAGGGAGGGAAACCCCCCGCCAAGGUAAAGCGCACCCAGCCCCUACUACCAACACCGGGGACAUCCACGGGUACCAUUCCAACGGGAGGGAAACCCCCCGUAACGGAAAAGAGUACCCGGUCCCUACCUCCAGCACCGGGGACAUCCAGGGGUGCUGUUCCAACAGGGGGAAAACCCCCUGUUACGGAGCAGGACCCGGUGAUUGAACCGGUGCAGGUGGUGUUGGACCCUAUCUCUGCCCAGCUGGAGGCUGGCUGGACCGUACACGAGUCCAGUUCCCCGGGAUCUCUCCCAGAAGUCGUCGCAUUAGAAUUAGAACCAAAGAGUAAAGUAAAGGAAAGAACUCCACAGAAGUAA